UCUCUGGCGCGCACGCGUGGUUCAUGUUCCCAGCAACAUCAGAUGCUCACUGUAGUAAUUAGAUAAUGCACAGUCACCUUCUACGCUGCUCGCUGGCAUAGAUAGGAAGCAGAACCAAAUAUCGAUUGUGCUUCCACUUUAGCCUGCCGCAAUGCGCACGCUCUUACCCAACGAGAGCGAUGUGUCGCUGCUACCACCAAUUGUUCCCGCGUUCCUGUUCCACCGGAGAGGGGGAGCGAUAACGGUCCGUCCCCGCGCUGAGCUGGACCCCUCUUCCGCGGAGCAGCUCAACUCGAGGCGUGACAGCAAUGGCAGCAGCAGCACUUCUGGCAAUGUCAACAAGAGCGGCGGGGAUGUGCCGAUCCGCUUCACCCUCCCGACCGGCUUCCGGGGCUCAAUCGGCAUGGGCGUCGGCGGCGGUCUCUUCCUCGGCGGUGUCGGCGCGGCAAAGGCGGUCGCACUGUGGCCCUUUGGAGGGAGAAAUGCGCGAGGGCCCACUCCGGAGAGCGAGAAACGGCGCAUCCUGAUUGGCAUGUCCAACACCGGAGGCGGGCACAAGGCGAGCGCGGAAGCCAUCAAAGCGGCUUUCCAGGAGACGUACGGGGACAAGUACGAGAUCACCAUCGUGGACCUGUGGAAGGAGCACACGCCCGUGCCCUUCAACGCCAUGCCCGACACCUACAGCUUCCUGGUACGCAACGCCAUCCUGUGGCGCAUCACCUACCAGUUCACCAACCCCAAGCUGGUGCACGUGCCGUACCUGUCCGCCGUGUCGGCCUUUGUCAGCCGCCACGUCAGCCAGGCCCUGGACUCGUACAACCCCGACCUGGUGGUGUCGGUACACCCGCUGAUGCAGCACAUCCCCAUCAAGGUGCUGCGUGACCGCAUCAAGUCCGGCGCCUCCAAGCCCAUCAACUUCGCCACUGUGGUGACCGACUUCACCACCUGCCACAACACCUGGUUCUGCCCCGGCGCCACGCGCUGCUUCGUGCCCACCGAGUACUGCCGCGACCUGGCCAUCAGCAACGAGAUGGACCCGCGCCAGAUCAUCAUGCACGGCCUGCCCAUCCGUCCCGCCUUCAGCCGCCGCCUGCCGCCCAAGCCGCGCCUGCGCCGGCAGCUGGGCAUGGCUCCGGCGCUGCCGGCGGUGCUGCUGGUGGGCGGCGGCGAGGGCAUGGGCGCUCUGGAGGAGACGGUGGCGCAGCUGGACAGCAGGCUGGGGGACAAAUGCCAGGUGGUGGUCAUCUGCGGCCGCAACCAGAAGCUGCAGGAGCGGCUCCGGGCUCGGCCGGCGGGCGCGGGGCACCCGCUGCUGCACGUGCGCGGCUUCGUUGACAACAUCCACGAGUGGAUGGGCGCCUGCGACGCCAUCAUCACCAAAGCGGGGCCCGGCACCAUUGCAGAGGCGCUCAUUGCGGGGCUGCCCAUCCUGCUCAACGGCAACGUGCCGUGCCAGGAGGAGGGCAACAUCCCCUACGUGGUGGACAACCGGGUGGGCGCCUUCGAGACGCGGCCCGACCGCAUCGCCGCCAUCAUGGACAGCUGGCUGCUCAAGGGCGGCCGGCACUGGUUCGAGGACAUGGGCAAGCGCGCAAAGGCGCUGGGGCGGCCUGAGGCCGUGUACCGCAUCGUGGACGACCUGGCGGCGCUGACCGAGGAGCCGUACUUUGACUUUGGUCCCGCCACGGCGGCGCUGCUGGGCGCGGAGGGCGCCAAGAAGCGCAAGAGCUGGCGGCCGCACAAGCACCCGCACGGCCACCCGCACGGCAACGGGCCCAUGCUGGCGCCCGCGCCGGCAUAGAUGGGGCUGAGGAGUGUGGAGGAAAGUGGAGAAGGAGAAGGAAGAGGAGGAGCAGGAGGAGGAGGAGGAGUGGCGGCGGAGGAGGAGGAGGAGGAGGGGAGGAGGAGUGGUGGUGUUAGAGCAUGGCGCGGAGGCACUGCGGGACGCGGUGACGUGCGGCGGGACAGCUCUGUCCUGCGGCAGCCGGCGCCGCGGCGGGGGUCGCAGUGGGUGGCGGGCAGGCUGCAUCGGGCCACCCGCACCGGUGCGGAUGGCGGUGCAGUGCAGCCGCCAAGACGGUGGUGAGGUGAGGCGCGGUGAGGCGAGAUGAGGCGAGGUGAGGUGCGGCACGGUGCGGUGCGGUAUGGGGUUUACGGGCACCCCCUGCCCGUGCGGUGCUGCACGCGCGGGGCAAGCCAAGCGCGUGGCGCGGUUGGCGGGCUGUCUGCUGCUGUGGAGGUGAUCUGGUGAUGCUGUUGGGAAUGGACAUGGUACUGGUGAAUGGCGGUCGCGUCAGUGAGCCGAAACUGCGCAGCCGUUGGCGAUGAUGGUGAUGAAACAUGUGUGCGUGUGUGGGGGGGGGGGGGUACGAUGAUGCGGACGGGUGGUGAGCCCACCCAGGCAGACCGGUGGUGGGCAUCGGAGAUUUUGUGUGCGGGUGCGCCGAUGCGGGUGCGGGUGCGGGCGGCUGGGUGGCUGGGUGACUGCGUGACUUGGUGAGGCCUGCAGACAACAUGCCCAACGGCGGGUGCCCUUUUUUGCCCCGGGUGGUAACCCGCGCCCGGCAAUAUCAAAGGGUCUAGCGCGUGCCACUGCAUAUGUGUGCCGCCGUUCGCCUAAUUGCCCUCAUGUGUUUUUUUGGUGUCACUAGCGGGUGAGUUGUGUUUUGUGUGUGGUGGUGGUGGUGGUGGUGGUGGUGCGGGAGAACUGGUGUUGCUUGCAAGGGGUGUUGGCGACGCUGCGAUAGUGGGACGGCGAGACACUUAUGGUGGGUGAUGCUGCGAUGCGGCAAUGCGGCUCUGUCGGCAGAGCGAACUACUACUAGCGAUGUGUGUGAGCGGGAUGGAUAGGUGGUCGCCGCUUUGUGGGCCCUGGCAAUAGGUAACAGGCUGCCUGUUCGCAUAGAGAGGUUGUGAGGGCUGUUGCGCGUGGCGCAGUGAGUAGUCCCACGGUCCCACACUCGCAAAACUUCGGAUGUGCCCUGUAAAGAGCACUUGGU